AUGCAUCGCGCACUCUUAAUCGUCGAGGUCAUCGAGCACGUUUUCGAUUGUCUUGGAGAAGACUUCGACAUACUAUCCGGUGGGGCUAACUCCGGCACCCUCUCAUCACUAGCCAGGACUUGUCAGAUAUUCAAGGAACCUGCCCUCGACGCACUUUGGGAGAACCUGGCUGGCAUUGAACCCCUCAUCAGAUGUUUGCCAAAAGACGUAUGGAGAACAUCAUCCAUCGGAGAACUUGGAUUGGGCCCGGGGCUCGACACAAUAGUGAAACUCAACAGGUCUCUAACUGCUCAAGAUUGGGCAGUAAUUAGGAAGUACACUCCACGCGUGCGCCGCCUGUACCAAGUAUCCGCCGGCAGAGUCUACUCAGGAGAGCUUCUGGAACUUAGCCUGGCACCGCAUGACAUGUUCCCACUCUUGCCGAACCUUCGGCAUCUCCAAUGGUCAUUGAUGCCCUCUGACGAUAUCCCUUUCGUGCGAAUGUUCCUCCCGAGCACUCUUGAGUCUAUCCAAUACGGAAUAAGCAUCCGAUUCUCUGAUCUUCGCGAGGCCUCCCUCCUUUCAGCCCUUGGUUAUCUCAUUCCCCGUGUUCAACAUGUACAGUGUUCGUUGUACCCAGGCGUCCACCGCGGUGUCGAUUCUUUCUCACGUUCUGUGUGCUGCUGGAAGAACCUGAAACUUCUCUACUGUGAAAAACUGACAGAUGAAGCGCUCGUUCACAUCGCUGGACUAUCGACUCUCCAACACCUCGGAAUGACCCUGGGUCCUCAAUCAUCUCUUCAAGGUCUGAGACGUCUUGUUCAAAGUUCUCCCUUCGCAAACCUUUCUAGCCUCUCGCUGGCCACAUGCGAUCUAGACGCGGCAGUGGCCUUCGUCGAUGAGAUGUCAUUGUCGCUCAUUGAUUUCCAUGUCUCUGUCCUGAAUAAUACCUGCUCCAAUCGCAUUGCGGACACGUUCAAGGUCAUCGCAAAGGGGGACCGCGCUUUGGAGAAAGUCAAGAUUAUGAACUGGGUAGGCGACGAAAACUCCAUUGGACCUGAAAACUAUGCGUUCAUCCCUCAAAAAGUCGUCAUGACCAUCUUUACCUUCCGGCCAUUGUUCAAGUCAAAUCACUUGCGGGUGUUGGAAGUGGAUGCACUGUGUUCUCUGGCCCUCGGCGAUGCAGAAAUCAUAGAAUUGGCUCGCGCGUUUCCUCUCCUCGAGAAACUAUCCUUGAACCCCACAUACGGUUGGAGGACUUCUUUGGCGAUCACGCUCUUUGGGCUCUUUUCCGUCGCCUGCCUUUGCCCGCACUUACUUUUUCUCGGGAUCGAAUUUGAUGGCGUGGCAACGGAAAAGACUAACUCUGCACAGAAUGCGCCAUUGAAUGUGGACAUAUUUAGCAACACUGCGAUCAGGAAGCUGAGCGUUGGUAAUUCGACGAUCGAUGACCCUAGGACGGUGGCCAGCCUGCUAUUUCGCGUCAUGCCGAACCUAGAAUGCGUUUCCGGGAGGAGCGUACUGUCGUUCAAUGGAGAAGACAUGGACUGGGCAGGAGAGUACUCGCGAAAUAGCAGGCGUUGGGCGCGGGUUGAAAGAAUCCUAUCUCAUCUUCGUUCAAGAGGCACCAAUGCUAGGAAUCACGAAGACUCGUCGGAUACAGAUGAAGACACGUUCGAGCAAGCAUGGGAGGGAUUUCAAGAGGUCAGCUGA